UGUCCGGCUGCGCACGGCAGCGGUGGGAGGGUCUGAAGUGAGUGAUGCUAGUCGGUCGCCUCAGCUGCUUGGCGUCCGUACUCUGCGGCGGUGGGUGGGUCUGACGUGAGACAGGCGAGCGAUCCCGGUGCUUUUUGCUCCGGAGUGUUUUGGCGGUGGCAGAGCCGGAGGUGUUCAGGCUCAUGGCGAGGUUUAAUGCAUUCAAAAGGACUAAUAUCAUACUGCAACAUUUGGAGCCUCUGCCGAGGGUUGCUACCAGUUGCCCAUCUUCCCAGAAUUCCUGCUAUAAAUUUUUAAAACUUCUUUUCCAUUUGAGAAAGUCCAUGCACAAGCACAUGGAUGGAGCAGGAGACGUACUAUUGGAAAGAAAAGGUUGUGCAGGAGUGAUAACCCUGAACAGACCCAAGUUCCUAAAUGCACUGACUCUUAAUAUGAUUCGGCAGAUUUAUCCACAGCUAAAGAAGUGGGAACAAGAUCCUGAAACUUUCCUGAUCAUUAUAAAGGGAACUGGAGGAAAGGCCUUCUGUGCUGGGGGUGAUGUCAGAGUGAUCUCAGAAGCCGGAAAGGCAAAAGAGAAGAUGGCUCAAGAUUUCUUCAGAGAAGAAUAUAUGCUGAACAAUGCCAUUGAUUCUUGCCAGAAACCUUAUGUUGCCCUUAUUCAUGGAAUUACAAUGGGCGGGGGAGUUGGUGUCUCAGUUCAUGGGCAAUUCCGAGUGGCUACAGAAAAGUCUCUUUUUGCAAUGCCAGAAACAGCAAUAGGAUUAUUUCCUGAUGUGGGUGGAGGUUAUUUCUUGCCAAGACUUCAAGGAAAACUUGGUUACUUCCUUGCAUUAACAGGAUUCAGACUAAAAGGAAGAGACGUGUACAGAGCAGGAAUCGCUACACACUUUGUAGAUUCUGAAAAGUUGGAUAUGUUAGAGGACGAUUUGUUAGCCUUGAAGUCUCCUUCAACAGCAAAUAUUGAAGCUGUUUUAGAAACGUAUCAUACACAGUCCAAGAUUGAUCAAGGCAAGUCUUUUAUACUUGAGGAACACAUGGACAAAAUAAACAGUUGUUUUUCAGCCAAUACUGUGGAACAGAUUAUUGAAAACUUACAGCAAGAUGGUUCCUCCUUUGCCUUAGAGCAGCUGAAGGUAAUUAAUAAGAUGUCUCCAACAUCUCUAAAGAUUACACUAAGGCAACUCAUGGAGGGGUCCUCAAAGAACUUGCAGGAAGUAUUAACUAUGGAGUAUCGGCUAAGUCAAGCUUGUCUGGAAGGUCAUGACUUUCAUGAAGGCGUUAGAGCUGUUUUAAUUGAUAAAGACCAGAGUCCAAAGUGGAAACCAGCUGCUCUAGAAGAAGUUACUGAUGAAGAUGUGAAUAAUCACUUUAAGUCUCUAGGAAACAAUGAUUUGAAAUUUUGAGGUGACUGGCCUUUUCAGGUAUAUUUUGGAACAAUGGCUGGCAAACUAUAGCAUGUGGGCUAAAUCCAGCCUGCUGUUUUUAUAUGCAGCUUGCAAACUAAGAAUGGUUUCUGCCAUUUAAAAAUGUUUGUGAAAAGAGUAAGAGACUAAAAUUUUAUGAUUUCUGAAAAUUACAUGAAAUUCAAAUAUCCACAUUCACAAAUAAAGCUUUAUUAGAACAUAGC